AUGAAGAUAUCUAGCCAUGAUAUUGUGAUCUAGUGUCUCUUUUGAGUGUGUGUGUCUUUUGAUUAGAUAAUGAUUAGCUAGAUAGAGGUUUUUGAUUGCUUUUCACUUUUGUCCUAUCUUGCUUAUUUUGCUGGAUUCACCUUUGGCUAUGAUUUGGUUACACAGGAAUUCACCUUGUGGAAAAUGUGAAUAUAAAAGUAACUGUUUGUGGGUCUUGAAAGCAUCAACAACACAGCAUUCAACAACAUUUUUUUUUUCUUUUCAUCACCUACUCAUCUGUUACCUCAACCUGGUUCUAUUUUAAAUCUUAGUAUUCUGGUCUCUUUGCCCAUAAACUUCGCUUUGCCACGUACAAAGCCCAGAGCGCAGGAUCAGCUUUCGGCCUUUGUUCUUAUCAAUGAAGAGGCUCAAUAACUCACAUACUAUGGCUACUUCACUUUCCAUAUGCCCAUCAGGUGUGAAUCAAAGGAAAGAAACACAGGGUUACAGUGAUGAAUUUCAGGCAAUGUUAGAUAGGUUAGACCAAGAAGACAGCUAUGAAGAUGGUAGCUCAGUGUUGGAGAAGAAAAGGAGACUCAGUUUUGAUCAGGUGAAAGCCUUAGAGAGGAGCUUCGAGGUUGACAACAAGCUAGAGCCAGAGCGCAAGACAAAGCUAGCAGAAGAACUGGGCUUGCAACCAAGACAGGUUGCUAUUUGGUUCCAAAAUCGUAGAGCCCGUUGGAAAACCAAGCAAUUGGAGAGAGACUAUGGCGUUCUCAAGUCCAAUUAUGAUGUUCUCAAGGUUGAGUACCAUAAUCUUGAGCAAGAGAAUGAGGCUCUUACUAUUAAGCUAAGAGAGUUGAAAGAAAAAUUGUCGAGAGGUGGAGCUGAAAGCAAUGAGUUAGUGAAAGAAGAAUCUCCCAUUUCAGAGGUUAGAGACAGAGGAGCAUCAGAGAGCAAUUCAAAUGGCGUGGUUAAGGAAGAGAUCAAUGAUGAUUCUCUUUUGUGUGUCAAUGGAUCUUUGCCCAGUUCAAGUUCAUUGAUGAAUUGGCUUCACUACUCUGACUCUGAUUCAAGAGGGUCCCCAGAUAAAACGUUUCAGACUCACUUUAUGAGAAUGGAAGAGCCAAGUUUCUUUAGUAUUAAUGAGUUCUGCAAUUUCUUUUCAGUUGAUCAAUCCCCUACCCUGUAAUAGAU